AUGACUUAUCAGACGAGUGCCAUGGACCCCAAACAUGCGGUCAAUUACACCGGUCCUCACGCUCAUCACUACGCCGAGAAUAUGGCCCCCGAUCUGAACAUCAACGGUGCCAUCCAUCAGUUCCAGGGCUUGACUCUUGGUCAUGGCAUGACCCCAGCUGGCAACGGCAUGGGUCCCAUGAAUCCCGGACAUGCUUAUAUGUUCCCUCAGUCUCAGGAUGGCCCGUAUGUUUUUGCUCCUAUGCCUCCCGGCCCUAUGGGCAUGGACAUGCUGGGCCAUGCUGCUCAUCCCUACUCCCAUGCCGCUCCCUACCUCCCUGGGCAUGGACACGUCGCUCCUUUCGUUCCCUACCCCAUGGCGCAGCCAUUCACCCCGGGACGCCCUGGUGGGACACUCCAUGACCGCACCAACCGUGCUGUCCACAGCGAGGUCCCUGAUCUUGACAACCGCCGUGGCUCGUAUUCGACCACCGAAUCUACUCCAGCCACGCCCUUCUAUUCCACUUUUGCCAGGCAUGAGCAUGCUCCCCGCGUUGCCGUUCGCGACCGUUCCGCCUACACUACCCCGUCGCCCCAGCAGAUGGGUACUGUGACUAUGUAUUCCGAUCCCGGCGUCAAGCGUAACAACAUCACCUCUCCUCUCGACCGCACUCUCGAUGAGCUCCUUGCCCAGAGCCCCGCCAUUCCCAAGGCCGUCCCUGCCGUGUUCACCCCUUCUUCUCAGAUGAAGACGCUGGAGCAGAGUCUCGAGAACCGCAUCCCCGGCAACCGCAACGUCUAUAUCCGUGGCCUCCAUCCCACCACUGACGACGAGCUUCUCCUCAAGUUCGCUUCCCGAUUCGGAGAAGUUGAGACAUCCAAGGCCAUCAUCGACACGUCUACUGGUGCCUGCAAGGGCUUUGGCUUUGCCAAGUUCUACAAUGCUCGCGACUCGGACAUGUGUAUCCGUGGCUUCCAUCGACUUGGCUACGAGGUUGGCUUCGCUCGUGAAUCCUUCAACUCCCGCCUGAAGGCCGAGGGCGACGAGGGUUCGACCAACUUGUACAUUUCUAACCUUCCCAAGAAUAUUACCGAGGUGGAGCUGGGAGCCAUUUUCAUGGGCUACACAAUUGUGUCGAGCAAGAUUCUUCGUGAUAGUCUGGGCAACAGCCGUGGAGUUGGUUUCGCUCGAUUCGAGUCUCGGGAAAUCUGCGAGGAAAUUAUCAGGGAGUUCAGCGGUGUCCAAGUGGGCAAUGGUCCUGCAGGUUUGAGCAUUCGCUUUGCCGACACUCCUUCCCAGAAAGAGUUGAAGCGGGUUACUGCUGAGCGUCGCCAGUUCCGGACCAACGAGUAUAACAUCGGUGCUUAUGGCACCCCCCUUGUCGGACUUCAGCCCAACAUGUUCAAUCAGUCUAUUUGGAAGCGAACGCUGUCCCAGCAGGUCCACGCACGCACUACGGAAGCCGCUGCCGCUGCCGCUGCAGUCUCAUCCGAGGAUAGCGACGAGGGCGUCACAAUCCAUGCCGAAUCGAACGCAGCCGCUGCGAGCACCCAGUCCUCCCCGUUGGUGAAAAAAGCUCAGAACUAG